AUGCGGUCGGCUCUUGCAGCCUCAGCCCUUCUCCUAUCCAUCAGUCUGCCUGCAACAUAUGCCUAUACCGAGGAAUACAAUGGCUGUUACUCCGACUCGACGCCACUGAAAGAUCAGGGAACCUAUACAUAUCAGAGUGAUGGAUACUGUCAGAAGCUGUGUUUGAAGGACAACUACUCGGUCUUUGCCCUGCAUAACGGACAGGAUUGUCUCUGCGGCAACCUGCUACCUGCCUCGUCAGCAAAGGUUGAUGACAGCAAGUGUAAUACCGCAUGUGCCGGCUGGCCUUCUGUGGACUGUGGUGGCAGCAAUACUUAUUCCGUCUACCUUACUGGCAUUGAGAACGACGUCGACCAUUAUUCCGCCUCGAGCACAAGUACCUCCAGCAGCGACAGCGAAACGUCUACAUCAUCGACCCAAGAAGCCCAUGUCGUCACUAGCUCUGGCACCACGCAAACCGUGUAUGCAACAUCCGGGACCGAUGCGAGCGCAUCUGCAACUGCCGAGGGUGCCACUGAAGCUUCACAGAAGAAGAGCUCAAGUGCCAACACUGCUGCCAUUGCAGCUGGCGUUGUCGUGGGUGUAGUAGGAGCUUGUGCUCUUGCUGGCGCUGGCUUCUUCCUGUGGCGCUUCAAGAACCGCAAGUCGCAAUACCGUCGUAGUGUUGGCGUGGACAACUAUGGCAACCCGAUGUCCCAGCACUCCAUGUCGGAUUCCCGUUUCGAUGGUGAUUUCAUGGCGCAGCGCCGUCAGAGCAAUGGCAGCAUCGAUGAUGACCAAGACUUCUCUCGUCGCAUCCUGCAGGUGACUAACCCCGAUCGACGCUAG